CUUACGCACUCCCCAAAAGUCUCUUCACAAACCUUUUUUUUUUAUCCUCUCUCUACGCAUUCAUGCAUAUGUAUAUAUUAUGUCUAUUAUCGCAUCCCCAACCAUCAUUUUCCUUUCCAUUCAAACGUAUUCCAUUCUCUCCUCUCUCCCUCUCUGACUUCCCCUAUUUUAUUUUCUGAAUCUCCUCCAUAUGGAAUUCAAUUCGACCAUGACGUUUCUAGAAAGAACAUAUUCCUUUCUCUCCACUCUUUCCUCUGACCCUCUCUUCUCAAGCAUUGUCACACUCUACACCCUAAUUCUCCUCUAUUUCCCUCGACUUUUCCUCGGAAUUGUUUUCUCCCCGGUUCUGAUUUCAACUGGAAUUCUCUUUCUUUCUCUUCCUCGAUUAGGGCUCAUCCAAACGACGGAAAAGGAAUUCAAUUCCACCGACGCACAACAAACCCAUGAUUCAUCAACAGAGGAAGAUCACAAAUGGGUCUCACGCGAAACGAGUUUGGGUUUGGAUUUGAAUCCAAAUCCGUUUUACGCCGAUUCGUUUGUUGAAUGGAACUUGAGAGCACCGUUGGAGGUCAUAUACGAAGAGUACGAAGGUGAAGACGAAGAAGGAGAAGGAAACGACGACGUUCCGGUCGAGAAAGGAGAGAGACGUGAAACAGGUAUCGAGAGAUACCCUUCGUUGUCGCUGUAUUAUCCGGAAUCUGACUCGGAUGACUCGUCGGACGGCGAUUUUCCGGUGAUCGGAGGCUGGGACUCGCCGGAGAGUAUGGGUUUCAGGUGGGAGGAAGACGGCGGAGAUGGGUUGAUUGAGAUUGCAUUGGAUGGUAAGAGAACAAGUGAAGUUGAAGAAGAGAACCUGAUUGAGAUUGACAUUUCAACGGCGAGAGAUGACGAAUUCCGGCGAGAGUUUGAUUAAGUUAAUCUUGAUUAAUUAAAGUGUCAUUGGAGACAGAGAAAAAGAGAUUUUGGAUAAUUGGGUUUUGAGUUUGGUAAACAGAGAUUAGUGUUGUAUUUUACCAAUGUUUUAGGUGCAUUAAGCACUAAAUCCAAAGAUAUAGUACAAUGAAAAUGACUGAUACAUCUCUCCUACGGUGAAAGUAUCGAUGAACUUAAUGAACUUAAUGGAUGUGCCAUUUGAGUGUGAAGUGAGGUUUUGGUUGUAUGUAUAUUGUGUGCGUCUUAUUAUUGAAGCUGUGUCAAAAUGUUAGGACUUGGAAGUGCAAUCUAUCCUGUUUUUUCCUAUCAACAACUAGCAUAGACAGCUAAGUCAUGGAUAAUGACUUUAUUUUAGGUUUUCUAUUUUAUUUUUGUACAAAUAAAAAUCGUUAUACUAUCUAAAAUUUCUUUUGCAGGUGAAAUAUUCUUUUAUUUUUACUUUGUCUGUG